UAAUCCUUUCCAUUCGUCCCUCACCCGAAGGUCUCGUUUCUUAUCGUCUCUUCACCUUCUAUGCUUCCUUUCUUCGUCUUCCUCGGUGAUCAAUAAGAAAGCCCCAACCCUAGAAUUUCUUAUCCGUGUUCGAGGCCCGCCUAGCUUCUUAAUAGAUCUGCGUCGUGGUCGCCACCUUCGUGCUUUGGUGGAUCCUAUGAACGCGACGAAGUUCAUGGACAAGCAAAUCACGGAGCUGUCCGGAACAUCGCAGGCGGCCGGCGAGUUCUUCGACUUCGUCAAUUCUCAGGAGGACCGCCGGGUCAACGGCGUCGCUGGUGGACGAAGUGUCAAGCAGGAGCAGCAGCAGGAGUCCGAGAUCCUCCCGAGCUAUGACUUUCAUCCCAUUCGGGCCGUAGGAUCCUCCUCGCUUUCCAUCGCCGGCGGUGGCGGCGGCGGUCCCAGUGACUCAUGGCCCUCCUGGGGCUCCAUCGACUCCAAGUUAGCCUCCUCCAAUCUUAAAAAUGCUGGUGUUCUGGAGUCCCAUGAAUUAACAAAAACUAGCCAUGAGAAAGAGAAGAGCGCUCAUGAUAUUGCUUUUGUUGCUGAGAUCGAUCACACUGUGAAAAGAUAUGCUGAUAAUUUGAUGAACGCUUUGGAAGGUCUUAGUUCAAGGCUGUCCAAAAUCGAGAGUAGAACUCACCACAUGGAAAAUUCUGUGGAUGAGCUUAAGGUGGCUAUUGAAAAUAAUAACGGAAGCACAGAUGGAAAACUAAAGCAAAUUGAGAAUGUUCUUAAAGAGGUACACUCCAGUGUGCAAAUUCUGCAGGAUAAGCAACAGGUGACAGAGGCACAGCUGCACCUUGCACAGCUAAUAACUUCUGAGGGAGAUCAGCAGCUGCCAGAAAAUUCAAAGACUGGACAUUCAGAUUCUCAACAACACGAGUUACCUCCACCACAACAGCCCGUCCAACAACCCUAUCAACACCCUGUUCCACAGGCACAACCAACUGUGCUUCCUGCUCCACCACCUUUACCACAACAAAUCCCACCACCCCAGAUACCCCAAUUGCCUCAAUCUCAAAUUCCUUCUCUUCCAUCUGUACCACAAGAAUUCCGUAUCCCCUCAGCAUCUCAGCAGGCAGAGGCUCCACGCCAACAAUUCCAAGUCCACAUUCCACAGCCCCAGGCAGCACCACCUCCUCUGCCGUCCCAACCGCAGCAUUAUCAGCCCUCUUUGCAGCAUCCACAAUAUUCCCAGUCACCCCAGUCGCAGCAACCUGUAAGUCCCUCGCCACAGCUGCCACCUGCAAUGUCCCAGCACCCUGAAGAAUCUGUACCAUAUAUGUCUCCACCUUCUAGCUAUGCUCCAAGGAUCCGCCAACCUGCUCCUUUUCCUCAGCCACAGACUGCACCCCCUCAACAGUUUUAUGGCCCCAUGCCCAAUAUGUAUGAACCACCUGCAAGCAAACCAAGCUCAGGGCUGCCACCUUUUUCUUCUGGCUAUAGACCACCAGUAGGUCCUGGUUACCAUGAUUCAUAUGGUUACAGUGGAUUGCCUUCCGGUCAAAGCAGCUCUGCAUCAAAACCUUUGCCUAUUGCUUCCUCGGUCUCAUCUGGUGGAACAAGCAACUAUCCACGACUCCCAACAGCCCAGAUCUUACCACAGGCUGCACCAACUAGCUCUGCUUCAGGUGGUUCUUCAGGGACUAGAGUGCCAAUUGAUGAUGUGGUGGAGAAAGUUGCCACCAUGGGGUUCUCGAGAGAUCAAGUCAGGGCAACUGUAAGGAAGUUGACUGAGAAUGGACAGUCAGUUGAUCUAAACGUGGUGCUUGACAAACUCAUGAAUGAUGGAGAGAUUCAGCCUCAGAAAGGUUGGUUUGGUCGGUGACUGUUUGCCAAAUCUUCAUAUCAUCUGCGUAUAUAGUGAUUUUGUGAACCUUCUUGUCUCCAUCCUUGUGUCACCAGAUUGAGUGGUUUGAGAAGACUCAGAUUCUAUUGCUUUUAUUGGAUUGCAUGUUUCCUUCUAUUGAAUCUGUGGAGGCCCCUGAUGACUUUUAUAUAGAUUGAUCAUGUCUUGAAGGAAUCUUCAACUGCUCCAGGACCUCAAGCUGCUGUAUAUUAUAUAUUUUGUGGUUGUACUUUUCGGCAGUGAA